UUCGCUGAAAAGCACUUUUUUAAAGCCAAGACUACAGCAGCAACGACAACACUCUCCCUAACUUCCAAGGAGUCGUGGGCUCCCUAAACGUUAAGUGGGAAUUGCAAAGAAUAAACCCCAAUUCCUAGUAAGCGAUGGAGAGGGGGGCUGGCUCCUGCCCAGGCUGGCACUCCGCUCUGUGGAUCUGCUUUCUGAUCUCCGCUUGUUUUCUGAUUAUUGCCAAGGGUGAGAUAACUUGCACAUCGUGCCCAUCGCCGGCGACACAGCACCGGAGGGGUGUGUUACUGGACCUGCAGAUGGACGCGGGGAAGUCGGGGACAAGAUUUCUAAAGAAGCAUUUGAAAAGGUCCGUGGAGCCAUAUUAUUCUGGGCUAGGGGUUGCGAUUGCUUCGGAUGUAACGGGUGUUGCCGGGGAUGUAAAGGCAAUGGGCAGUGGCGUGAUAAUACCCCAGUCCAUAGCCGAAGCAGCUAGUUCCAAAGUGACAGGUCCUGGUAUAGAAGAGGCCGGGGGCAAGGAAAAUAUGGUGCGGGGGCAAGAGAUGAUCGUGGAUGUGGAGAAACCGGGUGAUUUAGGGCAGGAUGGUGGGGAAGCAGUUUCAGAUAGGGGCAAAUUUGUACAUAAAGACGUCAAAAAUCUGAUAUACGGUGACAACUUGCUGAGAGCAAAGCGGAGCAGAUCCAGCACCCCACUGGAUGGAGAGCAGUCUGGAGAGAGGAAAACCGCUCUCCCAUCACAGGACGGACAAAGACUGAGCAGAGCUGAGCUGAAAUGGACCAGAGAUGACGGGAAAGUGACCAACUCCAGGCAGGAAGAGUUGAAACUUACCAGCACCACAUUCGCACUGACAGGGGAUUCUGCUCAUAACCAAGCCAUGGUGCACUGGUCAGGACACAACAGCAGUGUGAUUCUCAUCCUGACGAAGCUCUAUGACUUUAACCUGGGAAGUGUCACUGAGAGCUCUUUGUGGAGAUCAACUGACUAUGGGGCUACUUACGAAAAGCUGAACGACAAAGUGGGCCUGAAGACUGUCUUGAGCUAUCUGUACGUCUGCCCAAGCAAUAAAAGGAAGAUAAUGCUACUGAGUGAUCCAGAGAUUGAAAGCAGUCUACUCAUCAGCUCAGAUGAAGGGGCCAGCUAUCAGAAAUUCCGUCUCAACUUUUACAUUCUGAGCCUGCUGUUUCAUCCAAGAUAUGAAGACUGGAUUCUGGCUUACAGCCACGACCAAAAGUUAUACAGUUCUAUAGAUUUUGGAAGGAAAUGGCAUCUGGUACAUGAGAAUGUCAACCCCAACAGAUUCUACUGGUCAGUAAUCGGCUUAGACAAGGAGUCAGAUCUCAUACACAUGGAGGCACGGACUGCGGAUGGCCAUACUCGAUACAUUAUCUGCAGGAUUCAAGCCUGUUCUGAGCUGGACAGAAGCCACCCUUUCCCUGGAUUCAUUGACACCAGUUCCCUCGUGGUUCAGGAUGAUUAUAUGUUCAUUCAGGUAACAACAGGUGGGAGGGCCACUUACUAUGUGUCCUAUCGAAGAGAGACUUUCAUUCAAAUCAAAUUACCGAAAUACGCACUGCCAAAGGACAUGCACAUUAUCAGUACGGAUGAGAACCAGGUGUUUGCAGCUGUGCAAGAGUGGUACCAGAAUGACACCUAUAACCUGUACAUAUCAGAGACACGAGGGAUCUACUUCACUCUUGCAUUGGAGCAUGUAAAGACCAGCAGAGGACUGGAGGGGAACAUCAUGAUUGACCUCUAUGAGGUAGCAGGGAUAAAAGGAAUGUUCAUUGCGAACAAGAAGCUUGCAGGUCAAGUGAAGACCUACAUCACGUACAAUAAAGGGAGGGACUGGCGUUUGCUGAAGGCACCUGUCACAGACCUGAGGGGAAACCCCAUCCAUUGUGUUCUGCCAUUUUGUUCCCUGCACCUACACUUGCAGGUUUCAGAGAAUCCAUAUACUUCUGGAAGCAUCUCAAGCAAGGCGUCUGCUCCUGGGAUUAUAGUGGCUACAGGCAAUAUAGGCGCUGCGCUUACCUUCAGCGAUGUUGGAAUGUUCAUAACCACUGAUGCUGGGAACAGCUGGCGACAGAUUUUUGAGGAAGAACACAGUAUCUGGUUCCUGGAUAAGGGUGGAGCUCUGAUUGCUGUUAAACAGACAUCACUGCCUAUCAGACAACUGGCGAUAAGCUUUGAUGAGGGGAAGCAGUGGAUCAAAUACAGCUUUACCUUGGCCCCACUGUUUGUAGAUGGAGUGCUGGUGGAGCCUGGAAUGGAGAGUCAGAUAAUGACGUUUUUCGGACACUUCAGUCAUCGCUCUGAGUGGCAGCUAGUUAAGAUUGACUACAAGUCUAUCUUCAGUAGGAGGUGCACGGAGGGAGACUAUCAGACCUGGCAUCUAAACAACCAGGGUGAACCUUGUGUAAUGGGAGAAAAGCAGAUCUACAUGAAACGCAGGCCAGGAAACCACUGCAUGCUGGGAAAGGACUACUCCAGAAUGUUGUCUUCAGAGCCGUGUAUCUGUGCUGCCUCUGAUUUUGAAUGUGAUUAUGGGUAUGAGCGUCAUGGAGAUGGGAAGUGUUUGCCUGCAUUCUGGUUCAACCCAACUACUGUAUCCCGAAGUUGCAGCCUUGGACAGAGUUAUCUCAACAGCACCGGGUACCGGAAGGUGGUGUCCAAUAACUGCACUGCAGGAGUGAAGGAGAUCUACACAGCCAGGAAGCAGCAAUGCCCUCACCGUGCUCCCCGGGGCCUCCAUGUUGUCACUAGCGAUGGCAAGCUGGUCUCUUCGCAGGGGAGCAAUGUUACCUUCCUUGUCUUUAUGGAGGACGGCGACUCUCUUAGGACAAAUAUUCAGUUAGAUUUUGGAGAUGGCAUUGCAGUUUCCUACUCCAAUCUCAGCCUGACAGAGGGUGGGAUCAAACAUGUUUACAAGACUGCUGGCAUAUUCCGGGUGGGUGCUCUGGCAGAAAACAGCCUGGGGUCAGACAGCGCCGUCCUUUACCUGCACAUAACAUGUCCAGUGGAACACAUUCAUCUUUCUGUCCCAAUCGUUGCCAUAAAGAAGAAAGAAGUGAACCUCACUGCUGUAGUAUGGCCCAGUCAUUCCAGAACAAUUACUUAUUUCUGGUGGUUUGAAAACAAUACUGAGCCAGUGAUCACCCUGGAGGGAAGUGUCUCCUAUACCUUCACGGUGGAGGGAAUGAACACUGUCACAGUACAGGUCUCUGCUGGGGAUGCAAUACUGCAGGACACAAAGACAAUCGCAGUCCAUGAAUUCUUCAAGUCUCUGCUGUUGUCCUUUUCUCCCAAUCUUGAUGAGUAUAACCCUGAUAUCCCUGAAUGGAGAGACGAUGUUAGUAAAGUCAUUAAGAAGGCUCUUGUACAAGUGUCUGACUUUCCAGAAGAGCAGCUUUUAGUUGCUGUACUUCCUGGCAUCCCCACUGCUGCUGAGCUUUUUCUUUUACCACAUAACAACCUAACAGAGGGGAGGAAAAAGAACGAGGCUGAUUUAGAGCAAAUUUCAGGAAUUCUGGUUAGCGCCCUGAAUCAAAAUGUGGUGGAGUUUAAGCUGAAGCCUGGAGUUGGAGUGAUUGUUUAUAUUACACAGCUGACGUUAGCUCCCCUUGUCGACUCCAGUCCAAGACUCAGCAGUUCUGCUAUGUUGAUGUUGCUGUCAGUUGUAAUUUUGGGUUUAGCAGUUUUUUUAAUCUACAAGUUUAAAAGAAAAAUCCCCUGGAUAAAUAUAUAUGCAGAGGUCAACCAUGAGAAAGAACAAGAGAUGAUUGGCUCUGUCAGCGAGACCACGCCCACACUUAUACUAAGUGAGUUCACGAGUCGCGAGCAACAGCUGGAAAAGAAAUUAGAGACCAGGGUCAUAGGAGGAACUGCAACAGUUGGUGAGAGCGAAUGCACAAGGGAAAUUCCAAACUGCACUAGCGUUUAAAAAACCUACGAUGCAACAAUGUGUACAUAAGUUUUGAGAUUGUGGAGUUCUGUUUUGUAAUUCUAAAACACACAGUCAAUGUUAAUAGUUUUUUAAGGGCCUCAUUUAUAAAGUGUUGCAUGGGAGUGACUUGUUCACAAGAUGGAUUGUUCUUAACCUAGUUAGGGAAGGUUGUUGAAUUCAC